AGUGACAAAUGCUGGCUGCAGUUCAGCUAGCCCUCUGCCCUCUCCUGAGCCCGACAGAUUGCCACCUCCACUGUGUGCACACUCGGCCACCGGACAGAUCCACGACUCUGAGAAGCCGCUCUGGUCCCGCACCUGCUCUGAGGACAUCUUCCCGCUCUUCCUUUCAGAACAAGGGACAGCCAGGAUGCAGCGCUUCCUCCUCCUGUGCCUGCUGCUCCUCAGCCCUCAGGGUGCCACCCUCCACCGCCACCACUCCCGGGAGAUGAAGAAGAAAAUCAGGGAACUCCGUUUAGGUGCCAUGGUGGUUCCCAGCAGCGGGGACUUUGCCUUCAACCUCUACAGGGCUUUGGCUUCAGCUGCUCCCGACCAGAACAUCUUCUUUUCCCCUUUGAGCAUCUCCAUGAGCCUCGCCAUACUCUCCCUGGGGGCUCAGUCCAACACGAAGACGCAGAUCCUGGAGGGCCUGGGCCUUGCGCCCGUGGCCGGUGCAGAGGAGGAGCUCCAUAAGGGCUCCCAGCAGCUCCUGCUCGAGCUCAACCAGCCCAGAGAUGGCUUCCAGCUGAGCCUCGGCAACGCCCUGUUCACAGACCCCAUGGUGAACGUUCAGGACGCCUUCCUGAGUGCCGUGAAGACACUGUACCUGGCAGACACUCUCCCCACCAGCUUUGGGGACCCCGCGGGGGCCCAGAAGCAGAUCAACGAUUACGUGGCAAAGCAAACUAAGGGCAAGAUUGGGGAUUUGAUUAAGAACCUCGAUAGUACCGACAUCAUGGUUAUGGUGAACUACAUUUUCUUUAAAGCUAAGUGGGAGACAAGCUUCAGCCACGGAAGCACCAAAGAGCAGGACUUCCAUGUGACCCCGGAGACCACGGUGCGUGUGCCCAUGAUGAACCGUGAGGACCAGUAUUACUUCCUCCAGGACCGAAACCUCUCUUGCAAGGUGGUGGGGGUCCCCUACCAAGGCAAUGCUACCGCUUUGUUCAUUCUCCCCAGCGAGGGCAAGAUGGAGCAGGUGGAGAAUGGACUGAAUGAGAAAACGCUGAGGAAGUGGCUUAAGAUGCUCACGAAGAGGCAGCUCGACCUUUACCUUCCCAAGUUCUCCAUCGAGGGCGCCUAUCAGCUGAACAAAGUGCUCCCUGGGCUGGGGAUCAGUGACGUCUUCACCUCCCAUGCUGACCUGUCUGGCAUCACCAGCUUCUCCCAAAUCCACGUGUCACAGAUGGUGCACAAAGCCGUGGUGGAGGUGGACGAGUCAGGAACCAAAGCUGCCGCAGCCACAGCGGCAAUCCUGGCAUUCAGGUCAGCCCGACUGAGCUCUCAGACGGUCAAGUUCGACAAGCCCUUUCUGAUGCUCAUUGUGGAGAACAAGAGCAUCCUCUUCUACGGCAAAGUGGCCCACCCCUGAGAUGGGGGCUUCUCCUGAAACCCACAGGCCUCCGUGGCGAGGUGUGCUCCGGCCCAUCUGUCUGCUGAUAGCUAGUACUUCACAUAGGUUUAGUUGACUAAUGUGGCAUCACAAAUAAAAAUAACAUUGAUAUACCGAUGAUUGUGUCCUCUCACACAAUUUCAAGACAUGGAUACCUUGGAGAACAUUGGGUCUUGCCCUCACCUUUCAUUAGUAGAGACUAGUACUGAGGCCCAGAGAGGCUGGUUGACUUGCCCAAGCUCACAGAGCACAUUAGCGGCAGAGAAAGGUGCAGGAUCCAGGCCCCUGAGGCCCUGGGCAGUGCCACAAAGCUCUGUAGGAGGGUCAUUCUGGUAGAUGAGGGCAACCAGGAAACAUGUUUCCAAGCCUGGUCUCCUACCUAUCAGCAACAACAACUGUCAGGUCAUCAUGGUUUUUGGAAAGAACACAGAAUAGGGGUCUGUCCCAACCCUAACCAGCUGUGUGACACUGGGGUAACACUGCCCCUCUCUGGGGUGUUCCCUGCCAAUCACAGUUGGUUUCAGUACACUCAAGUGUCAUUCAUCCUUUAAGAAAAACUGGUGGGCAUCAGGGUGGAAAUGGCCCAAUGCAGGAUUGUGGAUAGAGUUAUAAUCUCAAGGGCCUGGCCGGCAGUGGGAGAAUGGAGACUUGUUGCAAACAGUAGAGUGUCAGUUGCAGAGGAUAGCUAACUUUUUGAAUUUUAUGUCGGCAAUAACAAUAAAGCAUUUUGCAAACACUG